GGUCCAAGCCAUGACUCACCUCUUCGAGAAGGCAACCAUUCGCGUUCGUCUCCUGAGGCAACGGUCUCCGAGGCAACAGCGCCAGAUUACUCCUUCGGCUCCUCCCAGACGGCGGCGGCCGAAAGCGUCGUCAAUCUGUCCUCGAACUCCUCCUCAACAGCCGGCAAGUCGUCGGUCGACUUGCAGUUGCCGCCGACACAAACGCAUCUUCUGUCGCCACCCUUUUUGGCCGGCGGAACUGUGACUCGCAUGAGCUCGCUUCGCGCAAUGACGCUGGCACUCGUCCUGUCAGCGGGGUUGCUGGCGCUCGUGGCCCUCAUCAUCACCCUCGGCAUCAGCCUCAUCUGCCUGAGACGAAAGUGA